AUGAACGACGGGGAUUGGAUAUGCAGUGAUCCAAAUUGUGGAAAUAUUAACUUUUGUCGAAGAAAAUCUUGCUAUCGUUGUAACAAGGAACGACAGAAUGGUGGGCCGUCAUUUAAAAAGAAAUUAGGCACCGAAAUAGGAAAGUCUGCGGCAGAAAAAUCUCGCGGCUUGUUCAAUGCCGACGAUUGGCAAUGUAAUAAGUGUGCAAAUGUCAACUGGGCCCGGCGACCAACAUGUAAUGUUUGUCAUUCGCCAAAAUUUGGAGAAGUAGAAGCCCGAACAGGUUACGGCGGCGGCUAUAAUGAACGAGGAGUUGUUGAGUAUCGUAAGAAGGACUCCUCAUCUGACGAUGAAUAUGAUGAGUUUGGGAGAAAAAAAAAGAAACGCAAAUCAGAUGCCUCUGAAAUGGUUGGCAGUCAUCAAGUAAUCACUGAUGGACCUGUUAUGAAAAUAUUUCCAUCAGCAAGGCAGAAGGGAAUAAGAGGAAACGAAACAGUUACUGGAAGUCUAAGCGAUGGCUCUAUCUGUGAUGCCUCUGCUACACCUAUAAAGACAAAAGUACAAAACCAUAUAAAUUAUAAACAAAACCAAACACAUCCUACAUUAAAAUCUAGUGCAAAUCAACGUAAACGAUAUACUAGUGUGAGUGAUAAAGACCAGUCUGGUUCUUCGAGUCAUGAAGGUUAUGUUAAAAGCAAUCCUGUGAUGGAAAACAGAGUUUCAUCCACAAAUAAUGAUGUGGUUUAUAAAUUCAGUGGACCAUCUUCUUCAGAUGUAUUUGAAGUGACAUACACCAUUGAGGAAAGAGUCAAAGCUGCAGCUUUUGCUAUUGUUUACAAUAAUUGUAAGAUAAGCACAGAUAAAUUUGAAAAUUUGUAUGAUAAACCAGCUCCUGAUUUCAAAACAAUUUUUGCUUGGAGGCAAAAAUUACUUAGCACUGGCUGUUUAGUUGAUAAUCAUGUCGAGAAAGUGGUUCAGAAUCUAGUAAGCAAAAACAAUGUAGCAUCAAAAAAAGUACCUAUAAGGCUUUCUAAUCCUGAAGAAAUACCUAUCAACUUUGAUAGUGAAGAAGAAACUGAUCAGCAUGUUGAAAAUACAACAUUAUUUAGUCAUAACAGAAGUGGCAGUGCAGAAACAUUGUUGAUUGACAAAGAACAAAAACCUCCACCUUGUACUGGAAGUGUUGUAGAGGAUAGACACAAAAGUCAAACCUCAUCAAGAACAUCAAGAUCCAGUUCAAGAGAAAGUAGAGAUUCCAAAUCAUCUGAUUCAGAUGUUGAACUUGUGGAGCCUGAAGAAACAAUAAAUGCCAGAAGUAAUACCAACAAUAUUUCUAAUCUACAAGAUAGUGAUUCAGAUUCAGUAUCAUAUAGUAGUGAGAAAAUAGACUUUCGAUCAAGAGUUUUUGCUGACAAAAAAUCAAUAUGCAGAACAAAAAAAGUAGCUUACAGUAAAAGUGAUACUCCUUGCUCUAACACAAACCAAACUUUCCAAGGCUACACUACUCAAAAACAAAUUGAGAAGUCUCCUUUAGCAACUGGUAAUAUAUACUUGCCAAGUUUUCGUAAUAUGAAUGUUAGGAAUCAAGACAAUGUUUGUGAUAAUGAUGGAUUAUCUGCUGAAUAUGUACCGACAAUGAUGGCAGCAACUGCUAAAAAACAUUAUCAAGACUUCAAAAACAUUGUUAAAAAAAAAGGAUACUGGGCAAAGGGUAAUGGGAGCUCUCUAAACAGAAAUGCUUCUGUCCCAUUACGUGAUGGAAUUGUAAAGGCAAGUCCAACAAGAAGCUAUUCUUCUACUCAAACAAUUCAAAUGUACAAUAAGCCACCACCAGCUUUGCCAAAUCAUACAUCUAACUAUGCAAUACCAGGUUUGAAUUGUAGAAAUGUUAAGAAUGAUUAUAGCAUAAAUACAUCAGAACCAUAUGAGUCAAUAUUAAACUUACCUCCACCAAAACAAGAUUAUUCCUUGCCUCAAAAUACAGAUGAUACAAUCUGUGAGGACUUUACUAAGGAUAAGCUGGAUAGUUCAACUGUCCUUGACAACUAUAUCUCCUUUGGAACACCUAUAGGAUCCACUCCUAGUAAGCAAAAACCACUUGAAACUAAUUCACGUGUUUUUGAUAUUGCGCAAACAACUUCCAUAAGUAAAAAUAAAAAUAUAAUGGACAUAUUUAGCACUGAAAGAGAAGAAAGUCCUGAAACUAACAACCUAGAAAAGUAUGAUGAGAUAAGAAAAAAAUAUGAAAAUAAUUGGAAUAUUGAUGAUGACGAUCUCUAUAAAGAUACUGAAGAAGAGUCUAAUCUAAAAGAUGUUUUAGUCAAUUUACCUUUUGUUAACACCAAUUUGAGCCCAACAUCAAACACUCUAUAUAACUCAACUGAUAGUAAACUAGAUUUCACAACAAUUCUAGAAAAACGCAAUGAGAUGCUCGACGUAUUAAAUGACUUGCAAGGUAAUGAGACAACACACACAACCUUGUCUGAACAAAAUAAUUGUGCAAAUCAAAGUUCUGAAGAGACUGAAACUCAAACGUUCUCACAUAGUAUUACAAACAUUCCAUUGCCUGAUGAUUCCAUUCAUGCUUUAAAAGAUUGUUUAGACACUACUGAUUCUAUAGAGAAGUCUAACACAGUCAGAAAUAUAAGUCCCUUGAAAAGAGUACAUGUUUUAGAAUCGGUUACAAUCAAACCCAAAGACUCUCUUCCAACCACAACCAUGGAAAAUGAAAUAAGUUUGCCAAAAGAAACUAUCAGUGACUUAAUUGUUGAACUUCCUAAAAAUCCUGAAAAUCAAAACAACUCUACACUGGAUUUAUCUAACAUUCUAAAUAAUAUUAACACUGACACACUAUUGUUGGCCCUCAAAAAUUUGCAACAGCUCUCUCAACCACAAAAUUUAACAGAAGCAACAGAGGAUACAAAACAAGAUUCAAACGUUGAGACUAUAAACUUAACAAAUGAUGAAUGGGAACUGGAAUCUGUCCAACAUGAAAGUAUUGAGAGGGAACUGCAAAUGUUAGAUGGCAACAAAGGUGAUACGCCUUUCUUGAGUGAUAUUUUUGAUCCGGGCCCAAUUACUAUGCCACUUAACAUUAAGCUUAACAUGAAUUGUAAAAGUUUGGAAGAGAAAUCAAAAUGCUUAGAUGAAAAUGAACCUGUUAUAGGAAAUUUUAAAAGUUUUGCCCUUCCUAAACCAUUAAUUUUAAAUAGACUUAAAUUGACGGUCAAGCAACCAGAGAGAAAAAAAGGUGAAGGGAAAAGAAUGAAGAGGAAGAAAAAGGCAUCAACAUCAGCGGAAGGAAGGAAUUCCAAGGAAGGCGAGGAUGGCGCUGAAGAGGACGAUGAGGAGGAAUCUGGUGAUGAGGCGGACCUGUCCAAAUAUGACCUUUGGGGCAGUGACGAAGAGAAGGCAAAUUCCCAAAAUGAAAAUACUGAUAAAAAUAUCGCGAGUUCUGAAAACACGGAGACUGCACCUGUGGAUGACAGAAAGUCGCCAGUAGAAAGAAAAAGAAAAAGGUCAAGAUCAAAGUCAAGGUCCAGGUCUAGAAGCUCUUCAUCGUCAUCAAGUUCGUCUUCGAGCUCCAGUUCUAGUCACAGCUCUAAUGGGCAAACGCCAAAAAACAAGUUUGACGAUUUCAACUUGAACAGCGAGCGUGAGUCCCCAAGCGACUCGCCCAAAGGUCGUAAGGAGACGAGAUCUCGUUCGCCAAGGUCGCGUUCAUCGAGUGCGCCAGGCCGACGCCGCUCUAGAGAUAGCCGAUCCGCUGGAGAGACCAGGACGUCCCGAGACAAAGAAUGGUCCCGUGACCGAGAAAGGCGGGAUAAAUCUCGUGGAAGUCGGGACAAAAAGGCCCGUCGAUAUAGCAGAGAGGGUUCCGGGAACCAUUAUGGCGCUCAUGGGAGACAUCGUUAA